UUAUCUCAACCUUUAACAAACCAUUACAUCCUGAAAAUUUGUGUGAACAAUGGGUACCAAUUUUUUCAUCAAUGAUAAUGAGGAUGUAUUGAUUGAGAUAUUGAAGAGGCUCGAUGGCCGUUCAUUGGGAGUAGCUGCCUGUGUAUGUAAGCUCUGGUGCGGUAUCGCUCGGAACGAUUCUCUCUGGGAGCAUCUCUGCUUCCGCCACGUGUCGCCGCCGCUGGAGGGUGUGAGGACGGUGGUUUUGGCGCUCGGAGGGUACCGGCGGCUGUAUAUGGUCUGCGUGAGGCCAGUGUUGAAUCGAUUGCGAAAAUGGAGGCCGAUUGGAAUGGAAUCUGAUUCGGAGAUUGUGAGGCGAGUUUAUUGGACUCGUCAUGAAGUCGAGUUAUCGUUGUCGCUGUUUUGUGUGGAUUAUUAUGAGAGAGUAUUGUUGAGCGGCGGUAGUGGUGGUGGUGGUGGCGGCGGAGGAGACGCUGCGGCGGCGCCGUGUGUAUCUUCGCUUAUGUUCCUUUGUAAGGCUGUGAAUGUUUGAAUGAAAUUGAAUUGAAUUUCAAAUUAAAUUCGGAGAUGAAGCUUAUUUGACGAGACCAACAAAAAUUUGUAGUAGAGUGAUAAGUACUCGUUCAUACUUAAUUAGGUGUCUCAAACUCAAGUCCUAUUCAAAUACAAAAUUGUGUUUAUUUCUGGCGUAAAUUCGAAUUUUGUUACACUCCGAAUACAGAAGCUUCAUAUUAUUAUUAUUAUUAUU